CGAAAGGCGGGCCGCGGGCAGCUAUGGAAGACGAAAGACGAGGGACGAGGCGAGCACAUGGAGUGAUGGGCAGGCCCAAGGCUCCAACUGGACGACUCAGCGAUUACGUGGAAUUCGUCAUGCGCCGCGCGGUAUGCCCAGUCGUCCCACUGUCACAAGCAACGUUACAUGCAUGGAUGGACUGACGAGCGCAGCGCACAGCAGAUUCUGAUGCUGCCCAAGUCCCACACUAUUUAGCGCUGGCAUCAGCAGCAGCCGUCGAAUUGCUCAGCCCUUCGCCUCUAGAUUGCGCUCGUGCUCGUGAUUCUGCUCGUGGUCCACAACCGCACAGGUCGAGCGUCGGUCGUCUGUGCCUCUUUCUGAUUCAGGUGGAGAAUUUGCCGACGAUGAGAUGAUUGUAUAGAGAGUGCAAUUUUUCAGUUUUUAAGUCGACAAUAUGAGGAAGGUUACCUUGUUGAGAGCACUGCAUUACAGUUUCGCAAGGAGAUGGACAGCAAUCGGUGAGCUGCCUUUCGGAGCCGGGAGAUCUGGCCUUUGUACUUCAUCAGGAUUAGGAUUUGAGCCCGUUGUCCAUGAUGACAACAAUUAUGAUUCAAGCGAUAGCAGUACAUACUCCGACAACUAUGUAACAAGGUCCAAGUUGAGCGUGCGAAGUGGAAGAGCUCGAGGGGAAACAUUUAUUCUAGCUUCGACACUGAAUAGUGGAAGUGCCCAACCGCGGAGGAAGUACAGCUCACUUCCUGAACUGAAGCUUGAUGUGGGUGGAAUUAUUCCUGUUCCUUUGGCCCAAACGGGAGAAGGCAUUGCAGAUUGUGAGCUUCUGCGUUGGUUUGUCCAGGAGGGAGAUGAGGUGGACGAGUUUCAACCAUUGUGCGAAGUACAGAGUGAUAAGGCCAGCGUAGAAAUAACCAGCCGAUACAAGGGAAAAGUAAAUCGCGUCUUGUACAUCCCGGGUGAUAUUGUGAAGGUUGGGGAGACUCUAUUAGAGUUGCUUGUUGAUGGAGAUCAUAGUUUGGCUACCCCAGUUGGACGGGAGGAAAAGUUCGAAUCUGAACCUACAGCUUCAGACUCUACAAGCUCUUCUCCUGGAUCCGGUUAUGGACAGAAAGAAGUACAUGCAACUCCGGCAGUCCGCCAGCUUGCCAAAGCUUAUCGCAUUGAUUUGUCGGCUACCAUUGGGACAGGCAAAGAUGGUCGGAUACUCAAAGAAGACAUCUUGAGAGCCGCUCUGUACAGCUCCUCUCCGGAAACUGCUAGCAGGUCUAGUCGAGGAUCAGAGGGCAGUAUAGUGCAGUCAGAAUAUUCUUCUGAUUCUGAAAGUGAUGUCGAAACAGGGGAAAUUCCUGUCGAUAAUGUCUCAACUGGAGUGAAGCCUUUUGUCGAGGACUAUUUACAAGAAGACCAGAUCAUUCCUAUCAGGGGUUUCCGGCGAAUAAUGGCGAAGACCAUGGCAGCAGCUGUUGCUGUCCCUCAUCUUCACUACACAGAGGAUAUUGAAAUGAACUCCAUCGUGCAGUUGAAGAAGAGCCUUAAGGACAUGCCUUUAGAGAAAGGGGUGAAACUUACUUACUUGCCGUUUUUGAUCAAGGCCCUCUCACUAGCCUUGCUGAAGUAUCCAAUCAUGAACAGCACCGUCAAUCAGGAGGUCACAGAGAUCCACGUCCACUCAUCUCAUAAUAUUGGAGUAGGGAUGGCAACCAGCUCAGGCCUUGUCGUCCCCAACAUUAAGAAUGUCCAGAGAUUGUCCAUCAUGCAAAUUGCCGAGGAGCUUUCUCGACUGACACAACUUGCAGCAACGAAUAAGCUGAGCAACGAGGAUGUGACAGGAGGGACUAUCACAGUGUCGAACUUCGGUUCCAUCGGAGGAAAAUAUGGGUCUCCAGUUAUUAGUGUACCGGAAGUGGCAAUUGUAGCCAUCGGGAAGAUGCAAACACUUCCCCGGUACAACACGGACGGGACUUUGUACCCUGCGAGCAUCAUGGGUGUGACUUGGGGUGCGGACCACCGGGUCAUCGACGGUGCCACAGUAGCAAGCUUCUGCAAUCAAUGGAAGGUUCUCAUUGAACAACCUGGGCGCUUUCUUCUGAACUUGAGAUGAGGCAUCAGAUUUCCAAACAUCUAGGAGGAACCUUUCUUCAGGCCUUUCUUCGGGCCCGAGUGACAAGUUCAUGUUACCCUUGUUCUCGGUUCUUAAGGCAGCUCUGAGACUGCUGUAAAUAUAUCAUCCUGAAGUAGGCAUCGUUCAUUGGUGUCUGUUUGGACAAAAUAGACCAAAACAGACCCAAUUUAAUAUACAGUUCUCGGCCAUUCUUAGCAGUUCCAGAAAGUUCUGAAGACACUCAAUGUAUAUUGUAGAGCUGAAGAUCAUAACCUGAAAAUAUUUAGUAGGUUGGUCAGAGCGAACGUAAAGACACAACUCCUGUUCGUCUGUAACAUACCUAUCAAACGGCUGCCGGAGAGAAAGCGAGAAAGUUAAAGGAGUUGUAAGAUAUACCCAAAUUUUCAAGCAUUGCUUGGCAGUCCGAAAUGUCAUUUUAAGAAGACUUUGUCCUUGUACGUUUUCUAAGCUGACCAGAGACGACAACACUUCAGGCUGAUGGUCAAAUGAUGGAAACAUCUCAGUGGUUAUGAAGGAAGCUCUCCCAUCCAGGAUCUAUCGUCAUCUUAUUUGAAAACCUACAUGUCCUCCACGCGUUUAACUGUGUUGUCAAGGGAUGGAACUCUUAUUCACAUGGAGUAUAUUUCAUGUACUGACAAAGUGAAACAUCGAUGAAAAGUUAGUUACAUUCCACCAAAACGACGGUGUACAAAGAAUGAAGCUCAACCGAGUCUCGCUUCCUAUCCGUGCCUGGUUCCAGUAGUUUAAUGGAAGUUGACAUGAGGGCAAAAUCAGCCUACACAUGUGAGUUAAUUACUUAGAGGGUACAAGUGUGAAGAGCUGCAGCUCACAGGUGUUAAAAGGUGCAGCAGAGAAGGAUUAGGCGCACAGUGAGAGGACCUUUGUCAGGUGAUCUGGAUUACUGAUUGUCAAAGUACCACUCUCACGUUGAGCAUCUCGUGAGUCUCGUCAUCAGCUUAUGGAGCAUUAAACGUGAAGUGGUGGAUUGGCUGUACACAUGGUUUCCAGCGAGACUCGCAGAUAGACGAAGAGAGAAUAUGAUACCAGUGCGUGUCGUGUCUGUACAGAGUCCAACAACUGUCAUGACACCGUGGGCUGGUAAACACUGUGGAGGUUUCCUCAUCUCUUAACAAUUCACAUUGCUAUCUUAAUUUUCUCGUCAUUGGAAGACAGAAGAGAAGAGAUCACGUUACCACUUCCACAUCCUUCGAAGAGUUUUUGAGUCUUGUACAGAAAACGACUAUUAGUUUUUUCAUCCUGCGAAGAUUCCUAUCGAAAUUGGGCAAAGUUAGUACGAAAUUUAUCCUCUGCUGUUCACAGUUUUCUAACCACAUUUAGCCGGCAAAAACAGUUGCUCGUUUUUUGACAUUGAGGCGCUAGUAAAAGAUGUCAAGACAGGAACCUUCAAAAACUUUGUACUGGCGAAUCCCUGGACUGCUGCUCGUGGAUACAGACACAUUUUUCUUUUGUCAAUAUUUUAGAUUUAAGCCCGAAUGUCAGUGUGAUGAAUGUUUACAAAUUGCGGUUCAUGGAGGCUUUACGAGCAUUUACAGCCUCCAACUGGUCAGAGCUUAAAGACUGGCUAAAACAUGCUUGGCAGACCCCCAAACGAAUUCAUGCUUGUUGUUUAAUCUUCUUGUGAUAUCAUUUGAAUACUUUUCUUUUGAACCUUCGAAGGAUCUUUAUCAACACUUGGGGAGCUCAUUCUCGUGACGAGAGUGAUGGUAUCUGAAC